AUGCAAAAUGCAAUUCAGGUUGUUUUUCCAAAUACGAAACACAGAUUGUGUCUGUGGCACAUUUUAAAGAAGCUACCAGAGAAAUUUGGCUACCAGGUGGAUAAAGGUUCCAUAUUUGGGGAUAUACAUGGUUUGGUAUAUGAUUCACAGUCUACUGGGGAAUUCGAAGACGGUUGGAGAACAAUAAUUGACACAUAUGAGUUGCACGAUAAUGAUUGGUUAUCUGGACUAUACGAGAACAGAGGGCAUUGGGUUCCAUGCUUCUUCAAAACCACUUUUUGGGCGAGUAUGUCAACUACACAAAGAAGUGAAAGUAUGAAUGCAUUCUUCGACGGUUACGUGCAUUCAAAAACCUCGUUGAAGCAGUUCGUCAAACAAUACGAACGUGCUCUUCGGAAUAAGGUUGAAAAGGAAUUUCAAGUUGAUUUUAAGUCAUUCUCGCAGAUGGUACCUUGUGCAACACAAUUAGAAAUGGAGCAACAAUAUCAAUCAGUUUACACCAUCUCUAAAUUUCGUGAAGUUCAAGCAGAAUUCACGGGGAAGGUGUAUUGUGACAUUCAGUCCACUUCGAAAGAUAGUUCCAAAGUGACAUACGAAGGAAUACUUUGCAGACAUGCGAUCACAGUGCUGGCACUGAAUGAUGUCACACAUAUUCCGGACAAGUACAUACUACGGAGAUGGAGGAGAGAUGUGCGUAGAGCACACACGAGGGUUGCCGUAAACUACAAUGGGUUGGUUAGUACUUUAGCUCAAAUGAGAUAUGACGAGAUGUCAACUGGUUUUGCGCAGCUAGCAAACCUUGUUGCAGAUGAUGAAAGGCGUUCACGUGCGAUAAUAGAGUGGAUAAAAUGUCAAUGUGAAGAGCUUACGUCUACAAAAUCGAGUAUUGGAAGUAAUGUCGCAGCGCAAAACACUGUUCAGGUUCUCACUCAGUGUACUGAUGUGGCAAAUAGUACGAGUGUUAGCAUAUUGGAUCCAAAGUUGACUCGAAGAAAGGGAGCGCCAAAGAAACUCAGAAGAAAAAGUCCAUUGGAGACUGCAUCGAAGAAAGCGAAGUCCGGUUCGAAGUCAACCACCUGUAAGAGAUCGACAAAGAGCAACACUAGUAUGCUUGAUAGAGGAUUUGACGUCCAGCUUCAUCAAGCACAACUCCAUGCUGACGCCAUUCCAUAUUUGUCCAACUCCAUGUUGACGCCAAACUCCAUUCCACAAGAUUCCAUUCCCAAGCCAUUCCUCCUCUCACAAGGUCAAAAUAUGUUGUUUCACUAUCCAAGCUUACCGGAUGAAGGUGGAAGAGGCAUUUGAGUGGGUUGUUUCACAAUGUUAUUGAUUUUUUUUUUCACUAUCAAAGCUUACCGGAAAAUGAAUUGUAGUUUUUCUUGGCUUUCUAUCCUGAAGCGAAGGCAUGGUGUUCUUUUUGGGUCAAUGGAAAAAAUCUCAUAAUGUGUGUAUAUUGUUGUUCACCAUCGUAUUGUUGCUGUUCAUUUUUGUUUUCCGACAUUGCGGCUUUGCUAUUUUAAGAAUUUUACCUCUUCUUCCAGAUAUGGAGGAUUUCUUUCGGCUAGUUAUAUCCUGUUUCCCUAUUAAUGCGAUAGAACAAUUGCUGGUGCAGACACAACAUGUCGGCGCAUCAGCUGUAGUAAGGAAAAAGCCCAUUGGUUCAGAAGUUGUCAAAGUUACUGGUUGUUUCAGUCGCUUAUUGCUGGGAGGAA